AUGAUUCUAUUGAUAGUUACUUGGAAGAGGUUUGCAACCUUGCUUGUUCAACAAAAAAUUUUAUCAUGGGAUGUCACAGCAGAGGAUGAAAUUGCAGACUCUGUAUUUGUGCAGUCAUAUAUUCCAAAGGCACUAGAUCAUGUCAAGAAUGCUGAGGAGGAUGUGAUACGGAUAACAAGCGGCAAGGAUACGAAAGAUAUGUACUAUCACACCAUUACAGGACUAAAGGAGGCUCUUUCCAAAGUUCAAUCUUCUGCAAUCCAAAACGAUCAAAAGGAGUCUUCCGUAAAUGAGGAUGGCCAUUCUAAUGCUCCUGAGAGUGGAUCUGAUUCUGAGACAGAUGAUGAAGAGAACUCGAGUGAGUCAGAUGAGAGUGGUUCCUUGUCAGAAGUUGAGAAAAAGGAUCCUCUUGAUAAAAAAACUGCCAGAAAAGAGAACAAAAAGAAAGUUAAAGAAGAGAAGAGAGAAGCUCGGAAAACUAAAAUUCCGAAGGCUGUAAAGAAAAGAACGAAGAAAUUGGCCAAAGCCAAGAAGACUAGAUGA